GUCGCUGGAUCGCGAGCGACAGAGCUCGUACAACUUCGUCGUGGUGGCCACGGACAGCGGCAAGUACGACGCCAAGAGCACCUCCAUCCCCGUCGAGAUUCGGGUGAGCGACGUCAACGACAACGCACCCGUCUUCGCGGAGUAUCCGUUCCGCGCGCGCGUCUCCAUCGGCACGCAGCCGGAGAAGAACAUCCUGCGCGUGGUGGCCACCGAUGUCGACGAGGGACUGAACGGGGAGAUCGUCUACUCGUUCCUGCACGAGCAGGAAAAGCCAAAGUUCAGGAUACACCCGAGCACCGGCGCGGUCACCGCCGCGCUGUCCCUGUCGCAGGACAACGGCAAGACGUAUUAUCUGGAAGUUCUGGCCAGGGACAAGGGAAACCCGCCGAAGAGCGCUCGGGGGUUGAUCGAGCUGCAGGUCGGAGAUCUCGCGGACCUGUCGCCGGCUCUGAAGUUUCGGAACGAGAGCUACGAGGUGGUGAUCCAAGAGAAUUCCGCGGCAGGGACGGAGGUGGUGCAGGUGACCGCGGUUCGGUCCGACGGCAGAAGGCAGCACGUUUCUUAUUCCCUGGGCUCGGGGAACGAUUUCGGGACGUUCGCGAUCGACGAGGACACCGGACUGCUCCGCGUCAACGACCCGACCAGGCUCGACGCGGAGCUGUGGACCGACAUGAGAGUGAGGCCCUCGGAAGGACAAACGGAGGAGGGACGCGUGAACUCGUGGGGCAGAUCGCUGGAGGGACAGCUGUCCAAGGAGGAGCCGAGGCAGAGCUCGAAGCACGUGCUGACCGUGGUCGCGAAGACCACCGGAUCGGACCCGUUGGAGGCUUACGUGAAAGUGGUCGUCAGGGUGUCCGACGUGAACGAUAAUCCACCCGUUUUCACGCAGACGCAGUACUCGGCGACCGUGCUCGAAGGCAACGUGAAAGGCGACUUUGUCGUGAAGCUCUCGGCGAGCGACGCCGAUCAGGGAAUGAACAGCAGGAUCCUUUAUCACAUCGUUGACGGUAAUCCGGACAACGCUUUCACCAUAAGCCCGCCGUACAGCGGCGUGGUGCGCACCAACAUAGUGUUGGACCGGGAGAUCCGCGAGAAGUACAGGCUGACGAUCAUCGCGACGGAUCAGGGGAAUCCGCAACUGACCGGAACGGCGGCGCUCAGCGUCCGAGUGAUCGACAUCAACGACAAUCAGCCGACUUUUCCAGAGCACAGCAUUAUCUCGGUUUCCGAGGGUAAGUCGCAAACGAUUGCUCGUAAAUGA